AUUGCCUUCAUCUUUUGAGUCACCCCGUCCGUUCCCUUAAAUAUUUCUCUCGGCUUUCUUUUUUCCCUACCCCUCCGUGUUCUUAGGCCAUCCUUCCUUUUUCUGUCUCUCUUCGAUCCUGUUCAAUCCGGACAAUCAUCUUCGCAAUGGCCUCUCAGCAGAACGGAACUAACGGCGCUGCCGCCUCCAACGACUUCACCGUCAAGGCCGGUCUGGCCCAGAUGUUGAAGGGUGGCGUUAUCAUGGAUGUUGUCAAUGCGGAGCAGGCUCGCAUUGCGGAAGAGGCCGGAGCUGCUGCAGUCAUGGCUCUUGAACGUGUCCCCGCCGAUAUCAGAGCCCAGGGUGGCGUGGCCCGCAUGUCUGACCCCAGCAUGAUCAAGGAGAUCAUGGAGGCCGUUACCAUCCCCGUUAUGGCCAAGGCCCGUAUCGGACACUUCGUUGAAUGCCAGAUCCUCGAGGCCAUUGGCAUUGACUACAUCGACGAAUCCGAAGUCCUCACUCCCGCCGAUGACGUGUACCAUGUCACCAAGCACAACUUCAAGGCUCCUUUCGUCUGUGGCUGCCGCAACCUUGGCGAAGCCCUUCGCCGAAUCUCCGAGGGUGCUGCCAUGAUCCGCACCAAGGGUGAGGCCGGUACCGGCGACGUUGUAGAGGCCGUUAAGCACAUGCGCACCGUUAAUGCUGAGAUCGCCCGUGCCCGCUCCAUCCUUCAGUCUGCCGUCGACCCCGAGCCUGAGCUCCGCGCCUUUGCUCGUGAGCUUGGCGCUCCCUACGAGCUCCUGCGUGAGACUGCCGAGAAGGGUCGUCUUCCUGUUGUGAACUUCGCUGCUGGUGGUGUUGCCACCCCCGCCGAUGCCGCCCUCAUGAUGCAGCUGGGCUGUGACGGUGUGUUCGUUGGUUCGGGCAUCUUCAAGUCCGGCGAUGCGAAGGCUCGCGCCAAGGCCAUUGUCCAGGCUGUGACUCACUACAAGGACCCCAAGGUUCUGGCCCAGGUCAGCGAGGGCCUGGGUGAGGCUAUGGUUGGAAUCAACGUGUCCCACAUGGCCGAGGGCGACAAGUUGGCUAAGAGGGGAUGGUAGAUAUACCCCGUUUGUUGUUUCAUUCAUUUGCAGGCGUUAGAAAAGUCGGUAUCGUGUCUACUUAAGACUCUGUUCUUUCUGUUGAUUCACCCGUCCGAACAUGAGUGAAGAUGUAUUGUACAUUGUCGAUUAUGAGCUAUGAGCAUAUGAAAGCAUCAUUUUCAUACUAUUUUUAGUCUGACUGAGUCUGAAGCUUGAAUAUGGGAGACAGUCCAUUUUGCGAUGUCCUAGUGAUCGUCCCCUUAACCACUCGUCAAACCUGU